AUGCAGCGCAAUAGUCUUGUAAAUAUCAAGCUGAACGCUAACUCGCCAUCGGGAAAGGCCACAACAAGACCAAAUACGUCCAAGAUCAAUAAACCAUGGAGGAUAUCCCAUUCACCACAGCAAAGGAACCCAAACUCAAAAAUACCUUCACCUGUACGAGAAAAAUUGAACAAAUUACCUGUAAACAAUAAGAAAUUUUUGGAAAUGGAAAACUCCAAAAUCCCAUCACCCGUAAGGAAAGCAACUUCCUCCAAAAUGACACACGAAAAUAAGAAGUUACCUAAGUUCAAAUCACUAUCUCUCGAUGAUUUUGAACUAGGGAAAAAAUUAGGAAAAGGUAAGUUCGGCAAAGUUUAUUGCGUUCGCCACAGAAGCACAGGAUACAUUUGCGCACUGAAAGUAAUGGAGAAGGAGGAAAUAAUAAAGUACAACCUGCAAAGACAAUUUAGAAGAGAGGUAGAAAUACAAACAUCAUUAAACCAUCCGAAUUUAACUAAAUCGUACGGCUAUUUUCAUGAUGAGAAAAGAGUAUAUCUGCUAAUGGAAUACUUGGUUAAUGGGGAAAUGUAUAAACUAUUGAGGUCGCAUGGACCCUUCAACGAUAUCUUAGCGUCAGAUUAUAUUUAUCAAAUUGCCAACGCCCUGGAUUAUAUGCAUAAGAAAAAUAUCAUUCACAGAGACAUCAAACCUGAAAAUAUACUAAUAGGAUUCAAUAACGUUAUUAAAUUGACGGACUUCGGAUGGAGUAUAAUAAAUCCUCCAGAAAGCAGAAGAAAAACAGUUUGUGGGACAAUUGACUACCUUUCUCCAGAAAUGGUGGAAUCAAGGGAAUAUGAUCACACUAUAGAUGCAUGGGCCCUUGGUGUCCUGGCAUUUGAACUACUUACUGGUGCGCCGCCGUUCGAAGAAGAAAUGAAAGAUACCACAUAUAAGAGAAUAGCUGCAUUGGAUAUCAAAAUCCCUAGCAAUGUCUCUCAAGAUGCGCAAGAUUUAAUACUUAAGCUAUUAAAAUACGACCCCAAAGAUAGAAUGCGACUUGGUGACGUAAAAAUGCAUCCUUGGAUAUUAAGAAACAAGCCCUUUUGGGAAAAUAAGCGAUUAUAG